AAUAUAUUAGUUUUACGUUUUUAAAUUUAAUGAAAAUUAUAUUUUCAUCCCAAACAUUGAAAUAUAAUUCAAUUCUCCAGUUUAAUUUUAAAAACUCAAUAUUUGGGAAAUCUUUAGUAAAAUUUUCAAGAAGUUUCUCAAAUUCCACCAAUAACACUUCUGCAACACAUAAAAACCAAUCAGAAGAGUUGACUGAGAAGAGUAAUCGGCUUUUGGAGAUCACUAAUUUUACAGAGUCAGAACUGCUACAAAACAGUGACGUCGUAGUUUACAAGCGUAAUAGAGUUUGCCCGAAGUGUAGUAAGGAGGUCAGAAUUUCAGGGCCUGAGCUCGUGGAGAACGUCUGCGCUGACGCCUGGCGCUAUUUUCAUAACUUUUCUUACACUCCAAACUGUCCUAUUUACGGAAUUAUGAAAUUUGUAAAAUAUUCCAAACUUAGAACCGAGCAAAAGGCGUUAUUAUCACAUUAACGAAUAAAACUGUAUAAAUGGUUUUGUUGAAUAGACCAGGACAAGUCAGAGGUUUAACAUGUUCCACAUGUAAGGAUUCAUCUACAGUGGUGGUUGACCACGUUGAGGGGAACCAGUUGUGCCUAAGUUGUGGCCGUGUGCUGGAAAACGUGUUAAUAUCAGAACAACAGGAAUGGCGUAACUUUAAUACAGAAUCCCUGGGUCAGGCAGGAGCAGAGAAGAGUAGGGUGGGUGAGUUGAAUGACGUGUGGCUUGACGGUACAAGCAGUACAACAUUUAUCGGAGGAUCUAAAAAGAUGCAACAUUUGCAGAAUUUGAUGACGAAUUAUGACUCCUCUGAUCGAGCUCUGAAAACUAGUUUUACGUUGUUACGAACUAUAGCAGAUUCACUUAAUAUAAGGGACCAAGUGGUGGAACGAGCGAAGGAAAUUUUAAAGGAGUUGAACCAAAUGGGUCAUUUAAGAUCGAGAGCAAAUAGUUUAAAUACUUUGGCAGUGCUGUAUUUGGCCUGUAGAGAAAGUUCAGUUUCCCGUUCACUGAGGGAACUUGUGAUUUAUGAUCGCAGUUUAACUGUUAAGGAACUCGGUAGAGCUAUUAAUAGGCUUAAAAAGGUAUUACCAAAUAGAGGAAACGCACCCACGGAAGAUGUUUCUCAACUUAUGCCGCGAUUUUGCUCAAGACUUAACCUCAGUAAUGAGAUUAUGACAACGUGUGAAGCAGUUGCUCAGAAAAGUUUUGUACUUCUGACUAGUGCUCACAGAACAACUUCAUUAGCCGGCGGUAUUAUUUAUCUUGUAACUCGUCUUUUUUUCGCUGAUGACUCGCCAAUAUCAAUUUCUGACAUUUCUCAAGUUUGUGGGACCAGCACAGGAACCAUCAAGACUACAUAUAAGGAACUGUGUUUAUACCUGGAUAAACUGAUACCUCCUAAACAUAAAGAUAAAAUACAUAAUAUUACCAACGUUGCUGCUAAUACUACUGGAAAGGUAGAGUCGAGUCCAGCUCCAGUAAGGAGCCUACUAACAGGAAAUUUCACCAAUUUUUAAUCUAAUUUUUUACCAAUACAUA